AUGUCAGAAGAGGCGGGGGGCAAGUUGACAGCCGAGGAUCUGAGGCAAAAGACCGCCGAAGAGACGGAGAAAGCGGUCAAGAAUGCCCUCGCCAGCGAUGACGACCCGGAGCUGCAGGUGGCCCGGAAGUACGACAGCGAGGUGGACGCCGGCUCGCGCUUCAAGACCGAUGUGAAAGCCUCAAAAACCGUGCAAACAUACGAGAAGGCCGAGGAGCAGUACAGAGAGCAGCAAAAUUGCACGAUUCGGCCCGAGGACCUGCAGAAGUUGACCGGCGAGCAGAUUCGUGCAAAGAUGGCCGCCGCCGAUGCUUCUGACGACAAGGACGACUUCGUGCCGGCCUCCCCGUGCGCCAGCGAGUACCAGAUGAAGGAAUUGAACCAGCUAGUUUCGGUGAUGCCCGUGCACCUCAACUUCCUCGAGGCCGAGAAGAAGCUGAAGGCGACGCGAAAGGAGAACGAGCAG